UGAUUAAAGACCAGUCUUCGGUAUUGUGGAUUUGAUUUCAUGACGACAUCGUAAUUGCGCACGACUCGAAGGGCACUCGAGUGAAUGGCUGGAUCACGUGCUGAAACUCACGGGAUCGUCCGUCGGGGGUAAGCGGGCGGAUGUACACUACUUAUCGCCGGACUGGCGAUGAUGACUGAACAGAAGGCCGCCGAGUCUGGCUGGAGCUUCACGAAAUACCUCUUGGUAAUAGCGGAUCCGCCACUCCGAUACUUUUCCUGUUAUUCCCUCACUCACUCUUUUCUUUUCUCUCAUUUCCAUGCCAAGACCGAUGUUUCCUCCUCUCCUUCCAUAGAAUCCGUGGGCACUGACGUAUCCUCCACCACUCAUCGCACCUCACCGCCGCAGCUUACCAUACAAGCAACCAUACUUACAACGGCCCAACCACCAUUUCUGAUAAUCUGAUUCACAUAAAGCAUCAGUGGUAGACCAACGCACCCAGAAAUAAUCCCAAACGGGCAAACGGCCUCGAUUCCCGUCCUCAAACCCCGCCGUCGCCGCUAUCAUCAACCGACAGUCAUGUUCACCAGUUUCUCCGGCAACACACGACGCCCGCGUCAGGUCAAUCUCGGGGGCCGUAAAACACACGCAUUUGGCAGCGCUGGGCCUGGAGCGGGAUCUCAGGCCGCCCUCGACCGCGCGCAGCAGGAUAGGGCCCAGAGGCAGCGGGAGCGCGAGUCGCUCAAGGCGGCGAAGACAAUACAGCGAGUGUGGAGGGGUCAUCGGAGCAGGAAAGAGCUAGCCGACAAAUUGAGGUCGGACUGGGAUAAGCUUGAGGGAACACAGAAUCAGACGCCGUUUGCAUCCGAGGAAGAAGCCUAUGGCCAACUGCUGCGGCUCGUCCAAUUUGCGAGCACCCACAACCACGAGGAUGCAGAUCGAAUAUGGAAGUUCACAUCGCGCCAGAUGCAGACGAUACGGAAGUCAGGUCCUCUCGUUGGGGGUGCUUGGCCGUCGGCUUACCUGAAGCUGGAGGGUGUGGUUUUGGCUAUCAUUGAACGGCAGACCGCAUUGUUCGCACUCGAGUCUAUCAAGAAGUCUCUCGGGAUCCUUCGAUUUAUCGCAGAACAAAUACCGGUCGAAACGUCGCGGAAUGCCCAACGCUACUAUACUGUCCUCGCCCGGGUUGCUUCCCAGGUGGAUUUCAUGGACGAGUCCGGGGAAAAUAAGGCUCUGGUCGACCAUCUGAGCGAAACUGUUAUCAUACCGCUGAAAAACAUGUCUAGCCAUGUUUUGAACGCGUACGAAGUUUUUGGAUACUCCUUUCUACCUCUCCCCGUCCUUGCCGUGGAUGGCGACUCGCCCUUUGCGGCAAAAUUCCGUGAUUCUCUGGCAGACGCCAUCAACUACAAACUAUUAGCGAAUGCCCUCGCGACAUCACUCACUGAUGGAGGCUUGAAGGAACGCAGGGAACUGGCGGAAACUGGUGAUCGGCUACGUUUUCUAGGCCUCUUCAUCUACCUACAUCGCUUCGCCCAUAAUUUCCACUCCCCGGAAGCGUAUUCGGUGCAUAAGGACUUUGUGGCUGUUAUUUCGCUGCUUCUCAAUUCGCUCCCCACAAAUCUAAUCGAAGGCUCGAUGCGGGAUGACAUAGAUCAGGAACAGCCCAUCAACGAUUUUUUGAGGGAUCAGAUAUUAUCCUUGGUCAACCAAGAAGGUAUCGCCAACCUGCUGUCUGCAUCGUCGCAGUCUUCAGAAACAACCGACGACGAAAAGGUGGACGAAGCUAGGCAACUUGCCAACUACGCCUUGGCUCUGUUGCGGUUCUUCCCACAGAGAGGCGACGAGAUACGUAUGUGGUUGUAUAUCGGCCCAUCCACUUCUCGUUCGAAGAAGUUGCCUGCGAUAAAAUAUUUCUGGGAGGCUGCUAAGCGGACAUCUGUAUUUGCGAAGAUAUCAAGAAACUCACGGGUCGUCAUCGACCUAUUGCGUCCCAAGGCCGGCGAUACGCACGAGUCGUCGGGCUUUGAGUGGCAAGCUCCACAGCAACAGCUUGACCAAGAAGCAGUCACCGCUCACGAAUGGCGCGUCAUUCUGGUAUUUCUCGAGCUAUAUACAUUCAUUUUGAAAGUCACGGAUGAUGAGGAGUUCUUUGCCGGCAGUCGAGAUAUAUCUGGCGAGGCGCGCGAUAAUUCGUUGCCGCUUCCUGAUGUCAAAGAGCUGGCUACUUUCCUCAAAAAUUUCGGGUUCACGAUGUACUAUAAUGCUGCUGAUAUCAACGAACCUGAGCAGCGUGACUCCAGCAGCACAAGCCUCAGCUUCUUCGCUCCGAAGGCGUCCGAGCCAGUCCCACAGAAGCCGGCCGAAUUAUCAGUCGGGGGUGUGGCCGGUUUGAGUUUGGAUUAUGUCAAAGGGCUUGUCACAGGUCUCGUCCGUAGCAUUUACGAGCGUGAUUCACGGCGCAAGUUCUUACCUGCAGACCAAUGGUUGAUGUCGAGAUUCCACAUGGAUGAAAAGUUCAUCGAUAUGAUAGUGACUGAGGAAGAGAGUAGACACAAGAUACAGGAAGAGGACGCUGAAGACGUGGACGACGUGGAGGAGGAAGAGUUUGAUGAUACCCCUCAUAUCAUCGGUACCGGCCAGGCCCAACGACACCGCAGUGUGGAGUCACGACAGCGUCAGUUGCGCAAGCAGUCACGCCGACGGUUUUUGCAAGCUGUCGCUCCCCGAUUGGAGAUUGUGCAGAAUAUGCCCUUCUUCAUUCCAUUCACGACGCGGGUGCAGAUCUUCCGGAAAUUCGUGCACUUGGAUAUGGUGAGUUGUCCUCCUUUGCUCACGUUUUACAACAUGAACUAA